AUGUUGUCUUCUCCUACUGAAAAAAUUCCUCGACCUAUGAAUUGUUUCUUGUUAUAUCGACAUGACAAGCAAAAAGAAAUCUUGACAAAGUGCCCUGGUGCGAAUCAUCGUGAUAUCUCAAAGAUUAUUGCAAAAUGGUGGAAAGAUGCUACUUCUGCUGAAAAGGCUCCUUAUGUGGAAAAGGCUCGACUCGCUAAAUUGGAACAUGCUCGUCUUUAUCCUUCUUACAAGUAUAUGCCUCAAAAGAAAAGA